CAUUAAUCGCGGGAAUUCAACUGCUAGCUAAAUACAAGCUUUUCAUCAAGUAUCAAGAUAAUUAAUCAAGAAAAGAACACACAACAUGGGAAAGAUACUGAAUACUCUGCUAAGAAGGAGCCCAUCAAAAACAUCGUCGAAGCUGGCGAUGAUGGCCAGGCUCGCGAUCUCGAGAAUCGCGAUCCUCAAGAACAUCCACACCGCGAAGUGGAACAUAGCGUGCUCCGAUGCCCUCCAGCUAUUGCCUGGAGGACAUCCGAGACGAGAACUAGCCCUCAUCAAGGCCGAGUUAGCCAUCACGGAGCAAAAAACAUUGGACGCGUAUGCUAUGAUCGAGGUUUACUGCCGUCUCCUGGCUGAGAAAACAGAGAUGAUCACAGACAGCAAGGAGUGCCCUAAUGAGCUGAAGGAGAUGGUUUCGAGCUUGAUAUUUGCUGCUUCAAGAUGUGGACAGUUUCCAGAGUUGGAAAAGAUUCGUCAAAUGCUCACAUCCAAAUAUGGAAAAGAUUUUGCAUAUAGUGCGAUUGAAAUAAGAAAUAACUGUGGGGUGCAUCCUAAGAUGGUGCAUAAAUUAUCUUCACUGCCACCAACCAUGGAAGCCAAGGAGAAUCUGCUCAAGAAAAUCGCGAGAGAUAAUAACAUUGCUUAUAUAGCAUGAAUUAUCCGAAUAUCAGCAUUAUAUAGCAUACAAAAAUAUUUAUUAAGGAGAUUCAUUGAUGUAAUCAUACAACAAUUCAUUUUGUAUAUAUAUGUAAAGUUGUACAGACGGGGUACUCUUUAUUCUACUCAGGUGUAUAUUUUUUUUAAUUUAAU